AUGCCUAUUCGAAAAGAGGUGUUUUGGAUUGGUAUAAUAUGUAUAAUAAGUCAUUGUUAUGGAGAACACUCGAAGAUAUCGAUAUCAAGUGAACAGAGGAGUUUAAAAUCACUAUACGCUGAAACGAACUUGCAAAGAAAUUUAAAUCCCAAAUUAAACAGCGAUGCAGAAUAUAUUCUAUCAAGGUCAAAACGAGCUAGUAUACAAAAUGAGAGUGUUUCGAGCGCAAGCGAAUCAACCUUGAAUAGUUCACUUACAAAUUCUACACCAAGUUCCUCAACUGAAAGUGCAAAUACUGUUACAGAAAAGAAUGAUUCUAUCCUAUCAGUUGUUUUAGUAAAUAUAUCUUCUUCGUCAAGUCCGAAUGCUUCAGUUGUUAGCCCAUCUGAUGCAGCACCCUUACCUGAAAAAAGUUCUGCUGAAGAUGAACACAAUAGUUCCAUGGCAAUCUUCUUUGUGUUAUGUGUUUUAGCACUUGGUAUUCUGUUGAUUCAUCUCAUGCUCCAAACUGGAUUUUCAUAUCUUCCAGAGAGUGUAGUAAUAGUGUUUCUCGGUGCUUUAAUUGGAAUGAUUAUCAACUUGAUGUCUAUAAAAAAUAUUGCAAAUUGGAGAAAGGAAGAAGCAUUUUCACCUACAGCCUUCUUUUUAGUUCUUUUACCUCCUAUUAUUUUUGAAUCGGGUUAUAAUUUACACAAGGGUAACUUUUUUCAAAAUAUUGGCUCAAUUUUAUUGUUUGCUAUAGUUGGAACUGCAAUAUCAGCCUUUGUGAUUGGUGCAGGAAUAUAUCUUUUGGGAUUAGCUCAAGUUGUGUAUAAAUUAAGUUUUGUGGAAUCAUUUGCUUUUGGUUCCCUGAUAUCAGCUGUGGACCCAGUUGCAACGGUGGCAAUAUUCCACGCUCUUGAUGUUGAUCCAGUGCUCAACAUGUUGGUGUUUGGAGAAAGCAUACUAAAUGAUGCAAUUGCUAUUGUUUUGACCACUGCGGUUUUGGAUUCUAAUGAUCCUCUUAUGUCCACUGGGGAAGCAAUUCUUUCAGCUAUAAAUAGAUUCUGGUUAAUGUUUUUUGCAUCAGCUGGCAUAGGAGUCUUAUUUGCACUAGUGAGUGCACUUCUAUUGAAACAUGUUGAUCUUAGGAAAAAUCCAUCUCUUGAAUUUGGCAUGAUGUUAGUGUUUACUUAUGCACCUUAUGUGUUGGCAGAAGGAAUUCAUUUAUCAGGAAUUAUGGCAAUAUUAUUUUGUGGAGUAGUAAUGUCUCACUACACACAUUUCAACCUGUCAACAGUGACACAGGUUACUAUGCAGCAGACUAUGAGAACAUUGGCUUUCAUUGCUGAGACCUGUGUCUUUGCUUAUUUAGGAUUAGCCAUAUUCAGCUUUCGUCAUCGUGUGGAGCCAGCCUUAGUAGUAUGGAGUAUAGUUAUGUGUCUAGUAGGUAGAGCUGCUAAUAUCUUCCCACUCGCUUUACUCUGCAAUAAAUUCCGUGAACACAAGAUAACUAAGAAAAUGAUGUUUAUCAUGUGGUUUAGUGGUUUGAGAGGAGCAAUCUCAUAUGCUUUGUCACUUCACUUGGGUUUCUCUGAUGAAACUCGACAUGUGAUUAUCACUACUACCCUUAUAAUCGUCUUAUUCACGACUUUAUUCUUUGGUGGAUCUACAAUGCCUUUAUUAAAGUUUUUGCGCGCGAACAAGAAAGCGAAGCGCUCGAGAUCGCAACGUAAGCAGAAGGAAGUGAGCUUGUCUAAAACAAAAGAGUGGGGUCAAACCAUAGAUUCCGAACAUUUGUCUGAGAUUACUGAAGAAGAACUAGAGGUAAACUAUUCUCAUACAACGCGAUUGAGAGGAUUUGUGAGGCUAGAUAUGAAGUAUUUGACGCCUUUCUUCACAAGGAGGUUCACGCACCAGGAAUUAAAAGAUUGUAAAAGCCAAAUGACAGAUCUAACAAACCAGUGGUAUCAAGCUAUUAAAAUAUCAAAUGAUCGAGAAACAGAUGAAGAGGAGAGUUUGCAUCAGAGUUCACAUACCAAUUCACGCACCAGUCUGCAACGUGGAGUGUAG